CCCUUGCCUGCAGCACCCGUCGCCAUGGUGGAGCUCAGCACCAAAGUCAGCAGGACGCUCAACAAGACCACGCCAGGCAUCCAGAUAUGGCGAAUUGAGAAAAUGGAGAUGGUGCCAGUGCCCACCAAAAGUUAUGGCAACUUCUAUGAGGGGGAUUGCUACAUCCUGCUGUCGACACGCAAGACUGGAAACGGCUUCAGCUAUGACAUCCACUACUGGCUGGGCAAGGAGUCAAGCCAGGAUGAGCAAGGGGCAGCAGCCAUCUACACCACCCAGAUGGAUGACUACCUGGGCUCAGUGGCUGUGCAGCACCGUGAGGUCCAGGGCCAUGAGAGUGAUACCUUUCGUGCCUACUUCAAGCAGGGACUCAUCUAUAAGAAGGGUGGGGUGGCCUCGGGUAUGAAUCAUGUGGAGACGAACACCUACAACGUCCAGCGCCUGCUGCACGUGAAGGGCAAGAAGAAUGUGAUUGCAAUAGAGGUGGAGAUGAGCUGGAACAGCUUCAACCGGGGGGAUGUGUUCCUGCUGGACCUGGGCCAGCUCAUUAUCCAGUGGAACGGCCCUGAGAGCAACCGAAACGAGAGGCUGAAGGCAAUGACCCUGGCCAAGGACAUCCGUGACCGGGAGCGUGGGGGCCGUGCCAAGGUGGGCGUAGUGGAUGGUGAGGAUGAGAACGCCUCGCCAGGGCUCAUGCAGGUCCUCAUGCGCGUCCUGGGCGAGAAGAGGGACAUCAAGGCAGCCAUUCCUGAUGACAACGUGGAUCAGAAGCUGAAUUCUGCCCUCAAGCUCUACCAUGUCUCCAAUGCUAGUGGGAACCUGAUUGUACAGGAGGUGGCAACGCGACCCCUGACUCAAGACAUGCUCCUGCACGAGGACUGCUACAUCCUUGAUCAAGGAGGUCUCAGGAUCUUCGUGUGGAAGGGCAAGAACGCCAACAAGGAGGAGAAGCAGCAGGCGAUGAACAGGGCGCUGGCCUUCAUCAAAGCCAAGAACUACCCAGACAGCAUCAGUGUGGAGACAGAGAAUGAUGGGUCCGAGUCAAGUGUCUUCAGGCAGCUCUUCCAAAAAUGGACUGUCCCUAACCAGACCAGUGGGUUAGGCAAGACCCACACUGUGGGCAAAGUGGCCAAGGUGGAGCAGGUGAAGUUUGAUGCCACCACACUGCAUGCCAAGCCCCAGAUGGCUGCCCAGCAGAAGAUGGUGGAUGAUGGAUCGGGGGAGGUGGAGGUCUGGCGUGUGGAAAAUGGGGAGCUGGUGCCUGUGGAAAAGAAGUGGCUGGGCCAUUUCUACGGCGGGGACUGCUACCUGAUACUCUACACCUAUUCCGUGGGGCCCAAGGUGAACCGUAUCAUCUACCUCUGGCAGGGCCGCCAUGCCAGCACAGACGAGCUGGCUGCCUCUGCCUACCAAGCUGUCAUCCUGGACCAGAAGUACAACAACGAGCCCGUGCAGGUCCGCGUCACCAUGGGCAAGGAGCCAGCCCACCUGAUGGCCAUCUUCAAGGGCAAGAUGGUGGUGUAUGCGGGAGGUACCUCUCGGGCAGGUGGGGAGGAGCCCAUGGCCUCCACCCGCCUCUUCCAAGUACAUGGCACCAAUGAGUACAACACUAAGGCCUUUGAAGUGCCUGUUCGUGCCUCCUCCCUCAACUCCAACGAUGUCUUUGUGCUCAAGACCCCCAGCUGCUGCUACCUCUGGUAUGGGAAGGGCUGCAGUGGGGAUGAGCGUGAGAUGGGCAAGACGGUGGCCGAUAUCAUCUCCAAGAUGGAGAAGCCGGUGGUUGCAGAAGGACAGGAGCCACCCGAGUUCUGGCUGGCCCUGGGGGGCAAGUCCCAAUAUGCCAACAGCAAGAGGCUUCAGGAGGAAAACUCCUCGGUGUCCCCUCGCCUCUUUGAGUGCUCAAACAAGACAGGUACCUUCGUGGCCACAGAGAUUGUAGACUUCACCCAGGAUGACCUGGAGGAGGAUGAUGUUUACCUGCUGGACACCUGGGACCAGGUUUUCUUUUGGAUUGGGAAAGGUGCCAACGAGUCGGAGAAGGAGGCAGCAGCAGUGAUGGCGCAGGAGUACCUGCGGAGCCACCCCAGUGGGCGCAGCCUGGACACCCCCAUCAUCGUGGUGAAGCAAGGCCAUGAGCCCCCCACCUUCACUGGCUGGUUUCUGGCCUGGGACCCUCUCAAAUGGGAUGACAAGAUCUCCUAUGAGGCACUGAAAGCUGAACUAGGGGAUGAAAGCAGCCUUGGGCAGCUCACCUCAGCAUUCACAUCCACACAAGAGGUUUUCACUGCCACCACCACCCUUGUCCCUGACAAACUGGAGACCUUCCCCCUGGAUGUACUGAUGAACACCUCAGCCGAGGACCUGCCUCGGGGUGUGGAUCCCAGCAGGAAGGAGUACCACCUCUCUGACCAGGACUUCCAGGAUGUCUUUGGCAUGAGCCGCUCUGCCUUCGGGAACCUGCCCUUGUGGAAACAACAGAACCUCAAAAAGGCAAAAGGACUCUUCUAGGGCAGGAGCCAGUGCCAAGGGACACCUCUAGUGUGCUGUUUUUAUUAAAUAAAA